UUUUUAGUUGUGACGUCAGUAUCUACCAUGCUCUUGGCUUCGGAACUUUUCAUUAUCUCAAGGCUGUCAUGACUUUCGAGCAGGAACAUGUUGAGACUGCUAGUAAAGUAUUAUCCCAAUCUGUUGCCACAAUUAAUGGAUUUAGAAGAAAGUCUGGUUUAGGAGAGAGUAUAGGAAAGAUGGUGAAAGGAAAGGAUUAUAAUGAUAUGACUGAAACUGAAGUGCAUGCAGAACUUGUCUAUGCAGAGUGUCUUCUAUUAAAGGCUUUGCUAACUAUUGUGGAGGACGAGAACUUGGUGAGCUUCGUCAAGGCGGGGCUCAAGGUCAGGCAGUGCUACCUUUCCUUUAGGGAGUGCUGGACAAUACUUCAGAGAAGGGACUGGAGUAAGGAUGAGUUCAAAUCUCAUUUUGAGGGCGGAGUAAGGUUGGGAGUUGGAACCUUUAAUCUGAUGAUGUCCCUCCUACCAACCAGGAUUACUAAACUCAUGGAGUUCGUAGGAUUUGCAGGAUCCAAGGAACCCAGUGAGGAGAUUGGUAUGACCGAGAUGUUAUCCUGCUACCGGAAUCCUGCUUGUCUCCGACAGUUCCUAGCUUCCAUUAUCCUGCUAGGAUAUCAUCUCUUCCUUACUACUAAUAUGGGCAAACCAAACGAAUGUGAUAAAAGGCUAGUUGAGGAGAUAUUAGAGGAAAAACUAGCCAAGUACCCAACUGGAGCUUUCUUUCUAUUUUUUAAGGGGAGAUAUGAAAUGAUUUCUGGUAGAUGUGAAGCUGCAUCCGUCUGGUAUACCAGAGCUAAUAAUAGUCAGGUAAGCUGGCCCCAGUUCCAGCAUGUAGGUAGCUGGGAGCUGCUCUGGUCGGCCUGCUACAGAGGAGAAUGGCGGGAAGCUGAGGUCCAGGCUGACCGUUUGCUCCGGGAAUCCCGUUGGUCACCUUGCAUCUAUGCAUUCUUUAAAGCAGUGCUAAUCUGUCAACUUGGAGACGAGGAAACCAGCACAACAUGCUUCUAUUCAUAUCCUAACUGUUGCCCAUCCUGCCCCCGUAAUGGUCGUCUUCUACUGCCCGGGCUGGAGCUAGUCUACCUUUGGCACGGAUUCUCAGUUAUUGGAGAUCAGCGGCACAUAUUGGAGAGAUUUCAUACUCUUAUUGAAGAGACGGAAAAACAGGUCGGAAACUUGUCCCCUGAGGACAAAGGCCUGCUUGAGCUGCUGAGGAGCAUGUGCUUGAAGAACCUGGGGUUCCCCCUCCAGGCAGAGGAGGGGUUGAGGAAGGUGAUGUCCCUCUCCUCGCAGUUCACCUUGGACAAGUACCUGGCACCAUACGCUACAUUUGAGCUAGCACUUCUUCUUCUAGAUCAGGAGAACUCAGAUUCCCAGAUGAUGAAGGAAGGAUUGAGUAUCGUGGAUUUGAAGGACAAGGACGUGAACCCAUUGAUCUAA